GGAUUAUCUAACCCACUGAGAAGCCGAGAGGUGGAAUCCAAUGAAUCGGAGAGAGGCCGGUCGUCUUGAUCCAUUUGUCAUUACUUUCCUGCUUUUGACCUUGUUUGCACGACAGGCGCCAGCCGUUGUUCCCUGCUUCUUGCCUCUUGUUUCUUGGUGGAAGUGUCCCAGUGAUGUCCGCAUUCAACCUGCUGCAUUUGGUGACAAAGAGCCAGCCAGUAGCCCUUCGUGCUUGUGGGCUUCCCUCAGGUUCACGUAGGGACAAAAAGAGCUGCAAGGUAACCUUCCCCCAGGAGGAGCUGAGGAAGCGUUUGACAGCCCAGCAGUACUAUGUGACUCAGGAAAAGGGGACAGAGAGUCCUUUUACAGGCGAGUACACAUUAUACAAAGACAAAGGGACGUACAAUUGUGUUGUUUGUGGGACUCCCCUUUUUAUGUCUGAAACCAAGUUUGACUCUGGAUCUGGUUGGCCAUCUUUCUAUGAUGUGCUGGAUUCUAAUGCAGUAACACAAGUAGAUGACUUUUCCCAUGGAAUGCACAGGAUUGAGAUCAGCUGCAGCUACUGUGGUGCACAUCUGGGACAUAUCUUUGAUGAUGGGCCCCGUCCGACUGGUAAACGGUAUUGUAUAAACUCUGCCUCAUUAUCCUUUAUACCCACGGGCCAGAACUCAACUGAUGAAGGCAACGAUCCUACCCCAUCUGGCAAGACUGAACUUUAGGCUACAGAGGGCUGAUGAAUGGGGUUAUUACCUCACAAGCCUCUGCUCCAGCGACAAACAUCUUUGUGCAUUUAACGUGCUAAAGUAACAAGUUAUUUAAACACACACACACACACAGUAAAGCUCUUCUGCACAAAACAAUGAACUUACUUAACGUGGAUACGAGUAUCCUUGUAAAUCUUUUUUUUUCUCCAUAGGAUAUAGAUUGUAACGGAGCAAAUCGAUGUGGUUGGGGUUUACAAACUAUGGGAGUUCUACCAUGUAGAAUAGAAAAUCCAUUGUAUUUUCCCAGAGCAGCAUAGCAUGGCACAGGGCAGUCAGGAAAAGCAAGGUAUUAGCAGUUUCCUCAUAAUGUAAUGUGGAGACUGCCAGGAAUGCCUGACAAUGAAAUGCAGCGGCAAGAGAACAAAAAGUUCAAGCACAGGUCACAAUGAGCUGAACAGAGAAAACCAGGACAACUGUGGCAUGUUUGAAGCCUAUGUAUUCUACACCACACUUAAAAUUAUUUUGAUGAAAUGGAUAUUUAAGUUCCACUUUCUCCUUUAUCUUUUAUCCAAAACUUGUUUGAAAAAAAAAGUACCAUUGCCUAAUAAAAAAAACUGAUACGG